CCAGGGAGGGACUGGGGCACAGAAUGGAGAGGGUGGCGCGGCCCUAGGAGGCCUCACCGUCGACAAAGGGGUUGGAGCAUUGGCCACGGGGUCGGCUGUGUGUGGCUGGGCCCAGGCAUCCCCAUCACUUCGGCCCUCAGGUUUUGUGCCUUUUGCUCUGGCAGCUUUAGGCUUUGCUGUCCCCGCGAGCACAUCACCAUGUCCGAGGUGCCCCGGGCUGAGACUUUCGUCUUCCUGGACCUGGAAGCCACUGGGCUCCCCAGUAUAGAUCCCGAGGUGGCCGAGAUAUCUCUGUUCGCGGUGCACCGCUCCUCCCUGGAGAACCCAGACCGAGAUGAGUCUGGUGUCCCCGUGCUGCCCCGGGUCCUGGACAAACUCACGCUGUGCAUGAGCCCAGAGCGUCCUUUCACCGCAAAGGCCAGCGAGAUCACCGGCUUGAGCAGUGACAGCCUGGCCCGGUGCCGGAAGGCUGGCUUUGACAGCUCCGUCGUGCGGACUCUACAGGCCUUCCUGAGCCGCCAGGAGGGCCCCGUCUGCCUCGUGGCCCAUAAUGGAUUCGAUUACGACUUCCCCCUGCUGUGCACAGAGCUGCGGCGCCUGGGCGCCCACCUGCCCCCGGACACCAUCUGCCUGGAUACACUGCCUGCGCUUCGGGGCCUGGACCGCGCCCACAGCCAUGGCACCCGGGCCCAGGGCUUUAAGGGUUACAGCCUGGGCAGCCUCUUCCGCCGCUACUUCCACGCCGAGCCGAGUGCCGCCCACUCAGCCGAGGGCGACGUACAUACCCUGCUCAUGGUCUUUCUGCACCGCGCCGCUGAGCUGCUCAGCUGGGCAGACGAGCAGGCCCGGAGCUGGGCCCGCAUCGAGCCCAUGUACGAGCCACCCGAUGGUCCGAGCGUUGAAGCCUGAAUGCCGGGGGGCUCGGUGACGCCACCGCCCAGGGGCGUGAGGCCCGCCCCCAGCACCGUGGGCAGCGCCAGCUCUGACCAUUCAGUCGGGCCCUGGGGCCCGGAGCCGACAGCGGACCGGUGUCCCACUGUCCCUCUCCCCAUCCUCUGAGCUGGCUGGCCCUGGGCCUGCGCACCUGCCGGGCCUUCUCCCUGCCCGGGCCUGCCCAGCCUUGUAGCCCCAGAGCUCCCUGCCGGCCACCCCUCACCUGGCCUCUCAAUAAACAUGGACGAGUACUCAGCAGUUGAACCUCCAGUUUCCCUCUCCACCCUGCCCAGAGGGAGCAGGCAGGGAGCCAGGCCAGGGGCCGGAGCAGAGCCCCCUGGGGCCGCCUCCUUGUGGCCGUUCCUUGCUGAGAACCCAGUGGGUGACUGUCAGGUGGGGGCCGUGGGCCUCCUCCCUGGCUGGUCUGCUGCUGCCUGGCCUAUCGUCCCCUCCCUGCAUUGUCACCCCGGAGGC